AUGGCUUCAACUGGCGACCCUAAGUUGGCCGCCUACCUUGUUCACAUGGCAGAGCUGGCAUCAGAGCAGGAUCUUACGGAAGAUGUCAGAGGCAGUGUUUCGGAAUUGGGCUACUCGUUCACUGCACUUGCUGUUAUAUUCGUUUUGGUGCGUUUUGGUGCAAAGUACAAGCAAGGAGGAUAUACUUUGGACGAUUGGCUACUGGUUGUAGCUACAGCCUUUCUUAUUGGAAAUACUGCUCUACUUGGCAUGAGUAUGUACUUCAUUUUUCUUUUCCGUGGUUGUGCUGAUAGCGAUAGUGGUCAGUUAUGGACUGGGCCUACAUACAGCAGCAGUUGCUUCAAAGGGGCCAAAUGGAUUACACAAUGCUAUGAUGGUUGGCAAGGUAAGGAUCGGUGGCUCCGCGGCGUGUUGAAAACCACUGACUGGUCACUACAGCUUCUUUUAGUUCAUGAGCCCUUGUUGUUCCUAAACUUAACGAUUGUCAAGAUUUCUAUUCUCCUGAUGUACUAUCGACUAUUUCCCUCCCGCGUUGUCCGAACCCGAGCAAUGAUUUUGGGGAUAUUUGCCAUUCUUUGGACCAUUGUACUCGUAUGUCUUGCAGAAGGACAGUGUGUUCCCCUUAAAAAAGCCUAUGCUCCAUGGAUAGAUGGCCGCUGUUUCAAUUUGCGAAUCAUUUUUGUGGCAAUUGCACUUCCCAGUAUCAUUCUCGACUCGCUCAUUGUUCUCUUACCGCUGCCGCAAGUUUGGAAACUGGAUAUUAACAAGGCCCAGAAGAUUACGCUUUCACUGAUCUUCUUGACUGGUGCAUUCGUGGUAGUAAUGAGUAUUUAUCGAUUCGUUGUACUGUUCGAGUAUCAUCCUAUGGAUCCGAUAUUCACACUUGCGCCUGGAAUGGCUUGGAAUAUCGUGGUACUCUCCAGUGCAAUUAUUGCUGCUUGUUUACCGGCUCUCGUAUGUUUUCUCGGGCGAUGGCCCGUUUUGGAAGAAGAAGAGAAUGAAUGCUGACCAUUAUUCAGGGGCCAAUGGGCCGAGUAUUCAUCAAAAGCUUGCGUGCUGCCAUUCCAGACAAGAAUGAUAUCGAGAAUCCUCAUGUUCUCAAUUCCCUACCUAGUAGAUUUUGGCCGGGAAAGGAGAAGAAGCAUAUCAGCAUUGAAGGCUCACGGAUAGGAGGCGAUAACUCCUCGAGACGGACGAGCGCAGCCGGUGACAGUUUGAAGAGUCCGGUCAGCUUGAAAAGACCGGAAAGUUCAAAGGGACCGAGAGAAGAAGACGUCAGAGAACAAGAUGAGAGGGGGGCGAUGGAUUUGAUAGAUGCGUUGAACAGCCCAUCAAAACUGGCCGUUGUAGUGGAAGCUUCGGAGUCUGAUUGCGAUGAUGAAGAACACGGGAUCAUCACCAUGUUGCAUGUUUGUGAAUGCCAAAGUGGGAAAUUCCCGAAGGAACAGAGAAUAAAUAGGAAUACCCUUUAG